AAAAUAAUAUCAAAGAACUUCACUAACGAAAGCAAUAAGUUACUAACCACAAUGAAAUAUUUUUUGAGUACAGUCCUUUUUCUGGUAGCACAAUAUUCAUUCUCCUCCGGAUCACAGAUCGUAUCUCCAGCUUUAACGCCUGUUAUUUCUCGAAAUGUGUUUACUCUGGGUGAUGGUCUGGCAGCACCAGUUGCUCCAGCUCCUGGAUUAGCGUACGGAUUUCCUCCUGCACUCAUACAAAACUAUGCACCAGCUGUUGCUCCGUUAAUCUCUCGUGGUGCAUUUCCAGUGGCCCCAGCUGUGGCGGCAGCGCCUUUGCAACCAUUACCAGGAGCUAUAUUGCCCACAGGAUACACAGUUCCGUCACCAGCUCUUCCAGUGCCUUUUGCUCCGCAGGCAAGAUCGAUACAUGCUCUAGCUCCAGCUACUUUUCCUGGAGUAGCACCGGCACUACCUCCACUGACGUUAGCUAGAUAAAAAUAUUACUCUCUAUUAACACGAAUAGUUAAUACUCCUAAUGAAGAUUAAACAACAAAAGUGGUGUGUGAUAUUAAAUAUUUUUUAAAUGUGUAUUGCCAACUGAUAUUAAUUUGGAAAUAAAAUAUGAAAUCCAAAAUUGUUUAAAUCGA